UAGCUUAUGGGGACUCUCAAAAUCUGGCAGCACUACUACGGUGCGGUGCUCUAAAAAAAAAGAAAACAACUGAAAAGUAACAAUAUUUAGUUACUUAAAAAUUUAAAAUAAAGAAGUAACUGCAUCACGGAAGGAGAGUGGAGUUUGAGCGAGGGACAUGAAGGAGAACAACAAAAUCCUUCAGCUCAUCUAUGUGGCGUGGCGAGAACGCUGGUCGGACUCUCAAUGGGGCAUCAACAUAAAGAAGGUGCUGCCCCGAGGCGUCAGUGGAGAUGUGUACAAUUUGGCCGAUUGCCUCAUGCAGCAGGCGCUGAUUGGCUCCACAGCCAAUCCACUGGUACUCAACUACCUGAAGCACUCGUUGUGUGCCCACCUCGUCUCGCAUGCCGUAGUGCUCCGCUGCAUAGCCAGAUAUGAUAAACUGGAGCGUAUCUACUGCAUCACAUCGCUGCUGGAGUUUCUAGUACAUACAUACAUACAUAUGUAUGUACAUAUAUCUAACAGAUUUAAUUUUAGGCGGGGAAAAUGGAUGUGACCUAAUUACUUAAAAGUCUUGAAAUUAAGUCAUAUCAAGUCGACUCAAAGGUCAGAUUAAUUUUUGACCCCAUUUAAUAUAUAAUGGCCUCCUCGUGGGGUUCUUUGGGUACCGAUCUUCAAUCGGGAGCCAAUUUGAGCGGCGACUUUAAGUACAUAUGUAUGUAUUUACGUAUAUACAUAUAUGUAGUUACAUAUAUGAACAUUCUUAAGGCAUAUUCUCUGUUUAUAGAAAUAAAUCUAUAUAUUGUUCGGAGCAGAACCCAGCCGAUUAGCUGCUUGCCAAAUAG